GGAGGAAGGGCCGGCGGCCGGCUCCGAGCUCUCCGAGCUCUCCGACGCCGAGCCCCUCUCGGAGCCCGAGGGGGCGGGCGACGCGGCGCGGCCCACCCCGGCGGCGGCGGCGGCGGGCAAGCGGGGGCCGCCCCGCUGCUCCUCGGAGGAGAGCGAGAUCAACAUCACCAGCGAGGAGGAGGAGGAGGAGGAGGAGGAGGGCAGCGAGCGGCCCGCUUGGGCAUCGGGCACCGCCUGCUACAUCUGCGGCAGCCCCUUGUCGCCCACCACCCAGCACCGCGUCCACGUGCAGAAGCAGGAGAAGACCUCGCCGGCACCCUUCUUCCCCUUCCUCUGGCUGCACAGCCCCCCGCCCGGCGCCCAGCCCCUCUCGCCCACGGGCAGCACCCUGGUGUGUCCCUGCUGCUUCGCCUCCCUCAUGCAGCAGUGGCAAAGCUUCGAGCUGGCCAACGUGCCCGUGCUGCAGCGGCUCUACGUGGUGCCCCUCAACGCCGGCGCCAUGCCCGCCAAGGGGCGGCGAGGGCUGAAGGAGGACGGGGUGGGCGCCCCACCGGUGCCCGAGGCUUGCUACCUCUGCGGGGAGGAGUGCGGCAAGGAGGCGAGGCCGGUGGCAGCCAAGAUCACCAACGGCAAUGCGAAGAGCACCAUGCAUUUCCCCUUCCUCAGCCUCCUGCCUUGCCCGCCCAGCGCCAAGGGGUUGAACAAGCACUGGGAAGUGAGCAGCUGCCGCAAGUGCUUCGGGGUCUUGCAGGACCUGUGGGCCAUGUACAGGGCCUGCCACAACGAGGAGCUCAUCACCUCGGUGCAGAGCUUCCUGGGCAGGUACCACCAGGUCUUCUCCACCAGCGAUCCCGGCAGCUUGGCCAGCCACCCUGCCGUCGUCAAGCCCGGUCCCACCUCCGUCUGCUACAUCUGCGGGGCCGAGCUGGGAGCUGGCAGAGAGUUCCAGCUCAAUGUCAACCCACCAGGGCGAUUUGGGGAGAAGGAGCCCUUUUUCCCCUUCCUGACGGUCUACCCACCCGCCCCGCGGGCCAGACCGGCUGACUCGACCGGGCUGGUGGCCACCUGCAUCCUCUGCUACCAUGACCUGCUGGGGCAGUGGCUGCAGCACGAGGGCAGGAACUCCCACCACCCCAGCAGCGCCUGGUCCCGGCAAUACAAAGUGGAGACCUUCGUCUGCUUCUUCUGCCGGCAAGAGAAGAAGCGAUGCCUUGGAUUAAAAGCGGUUCAAGUGGCCAGGCUCCCCGUCUUCCUCUACACCCUCCGCGUGGCCAACAGCUUGCUGGUGGAUGAUGGGAAGCAGUUGACCAUCGGCGCUUGUGCCGAGUGCGGUGCCGUGGUCCUGGCUGGCAAGAGCGUGACCCCGCCAGAGCUGUUGGCAGUGGCACCCUCGGCGCUCCUCCCCAAGGCGUCCUCUUCAUCCCUCGAGACAGCCACCACCAAGCCAGCGGCUGGCGAGCCCCGGCACCGGGUGGCCAGUGCUGGGGAGAUCCCGGGGACGGGCGGUGGCACUGCCCCGGACAUCGGCCAGCGGACGGCUUUGGAUGCGGAGAGUGCAGACGCUGGAGCCACAAGCAUGAGCCAUGAGCCGAAGUCGCCGUCCCUAGGAAUGCUCUCCACCGCCACCCGCACCACUGCCACCGUCAGCCCCCUCACCCCCUCGCCACUGAACGGCUCCAUCGUCCCCAAUGGCAGCCCGGCAGCCAGCAGCACUUUGUCCGUCCAGGCAGCACCUUCCUCCAGCUUCGCCGCCGCUCUCCGCAAGCUCGCCAAGCAAGCCGAGGAACCCAGAGGGUCCUCGAUAAGCAGUGAGUCAUCCCCGGUCUCCUCGCCAGCCACCAACCACAGCUCCCCUGCCAGCACGCCCAAGCGUGGCCCCAUGGGCCCCAUCAUCGUGCCCCCAGGGGGCCACAGCGUGCCCAGCACACCACCCGUUGUCACCAUUGCCCCCACGAAGACGGUCAACGGGGUCUGGAGGAGCGAGGGCAGACAGCAAGAAGCAGGGUCGCGAGGCAGCAGCAGCGGUGGCCGCGAGCGCCUCAUCUCAGAGCCCCCCCUUGCACAGGAGAAAGCAGGGGGGCCUGCCGUCCCCUCCCACCUCCUGGGGACACCCUACUCCUUUGGGCUGCCCCCCAGCUCCGUGGUGCAGGACUCCCGCUUCCCACCUCUCAACCUGCAGCGGCCGGUCCACCACGUGGUGCCUCCCAGCGCUGUCACUGAGGAUUACCUGCGCAGCUUCCGUCCCUACCACACCGCCGAGGACCUCCGCAUGUCCUCCCUGCCACCCCUCGGCCUGGAUCCGGCUGCCGCCGCCGCUUACUACCACCCCAGCUACCUGACGCAUCACCCCUUCCCGCACCCUGCCUUCAGGAUGGACGAGUCAUACUGCCUGUCGGCGCUGCGGUCCCCCUUCUACCCGCUGCCGGCACCGGGCUCGCUGCCGCCCCUGCACCCCUCGGCCAUGCACCUGCACCUCUCGGGGGUGCGGUACCCCCCCGAGCUCUCGCACUCCUCCCUCUCUGCCCUGCAGUCCGAGCGCAUCUCCAGCCUCGCCGCUGAGAGGCUGCAAAUGGAUGAGGAGCUGCGGCAGAGGGAGCGGGAGCGCGAGCGGGAGCGGGAGAAGGAGCGGGAGCGAGAAGCCGACCGGGAGCGGGAGAAGGAGCGUGAACGGGAGCGGGAACGCGAGAAGGAGCUGGAGCGAGAGCGGGAGAAGGAGCGGGAACGGGAGCUGGAGCGGCAGCGGGAGCGUGCCCGGGAGAAGGAGCUGAGCAUGGUGAAAGCCAUGGAAGGGCCCUUCCUCCCCGUGGCCGAGCUGCACGGGCUGCGGGGGCACCCAGCCGAGGAGCGGGGCAAGCCGGCAGAGCCGCUGGUGCCCAGCAGACCAGAGAAACUCAAGGACUCGGUGCUUCCGACGCCAAAGCCCAUCCAGCACCCACUGCACCAGCCACCAGCCUCCCACCACCCCGUGCCCAGCCUCAUCCCCAACCACAACGUGUUCCCGCUGCCGGGGAGCAGUGCAGCCACGGCGCUGCUCAUCCACCGCACCAACGAGGAGGAGAAGUGGCUGGCCCGGCAGCGCCGGCUGCGCCAGGAGAAGGAAGAUCGGCAAUCUCAAGUCUCGGAGUUCCGGCAACAAGUGCUGGAGCAGCACCUGGACAUGGGGCGUGCCCCGAGCCAGCCCGAGCCCGAGCAUCGGCCCGAGCACCCCAGGUCAGGAUCGAACCGCCACGAGCCGAGUGUCCGGGAACCGGGUCAGCACUUCGGCGGCCCCCCACCACUCAUCUCCCCCAAGCCCCAGCACCACCCUGUCGCCACAUCCCUCUGGAACCCUGUCUCGCUGAUGGAGAGCACCCCCGAGCCCCCCCGGCGCCUCCCUGAGCCCCACGCCCUCCAUGGCCACCCAGCCCCCUUCGAGCCCAGCCGUCAGGGCAUCCCACUGGUGAAGGUGGAGAGGGUAUUCUGCCCUGAGAAGCUGGAGGAGGGACCGAGGAAGAGGGAUGCUCUGGAGAAAUACCCACCAGGACGGGAGCCCGGUGCCCCAGAGCAUGGGGGCUUCACCCACACCCCCUUCCUAACUGAGCUGGAGAAGUCCACGCAGAGCAUCCUGAGCCAGCAAAGACCCCCAGCCGCCCCCUUCACCGAGGCCACCAAGCCCAGCUCCCCAUACCGACCCCCCCCACCCCGUGCGCAGGACCCCAUGUACAUCUACGACGAGUUCGUGCAGCAGCACCGCAGGCUGGUCAGCAAACUCGACCUGGAGGAGCGCCGGCGGCGGGAGGCCCGUGAGAAAGGUUACUACUACGACCUGGACGACUCCUGCGAUGACAGCGAUGAGGAGGAGGUGCGGGCCCAUCUGCGCUGCGUGGCCGAGCAGCCCCCGCUGAAGCUGGACACAUCCUCUGAGAAGCUGGAGUUCCUGCAGCUCUUCGGCCUCACCACGCAGCAGCAGAAGGAGGAAUUGCUGAGCCAGAAACGGCGCAAACGCCGGCGGAUGCUGCGGGAGAGGAGCCCCUCACCACCAACGGUGCAGAGCAAGCGCCGCACGCCCUCCCCACGCCUCCCACUCUCCACCCGGUACAGCCCUGACGAGAUGAACAACAGUCCCAACUUCGAGGAGAAGAAGCGCUUCCUCACCAUCUUCAACCUCACACACAUCAGUGCUGAGAAGAGGAAAGACAAGGAGAAGCUGGUGGAGAUGCUCCAGGCCAUGAAGCAGAAGACCACGCCGGCCGCCGUGGUGGUGAAGAGCUCCCCGCGGGACAGCCCCAGUGGCCACACCACUGAGCCGCCGGUGCCGCCACUCCUGCUGGAUCCAGAUAAACCCGUGGGCAUCGCUGUCUCCGUGCCAGAGGUGCAGAAGACGGUGGAACCCGGCAGGUUAGACCAGCUGAGACCCCAGGAGCUGCCGAGGGCUAAAGAAUUGGCCACCGUGCCGGCAGAGAAGCCCCGGCUGAGCGAUGGGCACCCUGGGAAGAAGGCACUGAGCAUCCUCAGCUACGUCAGGGGUCCCCUCCCCAAGGACAUCCCAGUGCCACUGUCUCACAGCAUGAAUGGCAAGAGCAAGCCCUGGGAGCCCUUCAUUGCCGAGGAGUUCGCCCACCAGUUCCACGAGUCGGUGCUGCAGUCCACCCAGAAGGCGUUGCAGAAGCACAAAGGGGGGACGACGGCGUUGACGGCAGAGCAGAACCACAAGCUUGAUGCCUCCAUCCACUACAACAUCCCUGAGCUGCAGGCGACCAGCCGCCUGCCGCCCCCCCCGCACAACGGCACAGCUGAGGGGCCACUGCCCCACCGGGCGCUGCCCCCACUGCCCCACGACUCGGCCUCUGAGGAAGAGGAAGAGGAGGAGGAGGAGGAAGAAGAGGAAGAGUACCCCAGGCCCAAGUGGCAAGGGAUUGAGGCAAUUUUUGAAGCUUACCAGGAACAUAUAGAAGAACAAAACCUGGAGCGCCAAGUGCUGCAGACCCAGUGCCGGCGGCUGGAGGCCCAGCACUACAGCCUGAGCCUGACGGCAGAGCAGCUUUCGCACAGCAUGGCGGAAUUAAGGACCCAGAAGCAGAAGAUGGUCUCGGAGCGCGAGCGCCUGCAAGCCGAGCUGGAUCACCUGCGGAAGUGCCUUGCCUUGCCUGCAAUGCAGUGGUCUAGGGGUUAUUUCAAGGGGUAUCCCAGGUGACGCUCCUUGGGCUAGGCCGAACAUAUAGUCUAGAAAUAAUAAUCUAUUUUAUUACCUUGAAUAUUUAAUAUUUUUCACUGGGAGGUUUGAAGCUAAAAAAAUAAAAUUUAAAAAAAAAAAAAAAAAAAAAAAAACAACAACAAAAACGGAGAAUGUGCCAUGCAUGAAGCAAAGGAGCACGGGAGCCGGGAGGGGAGCCCACCUGACCGGCGAGCAGCCCCCAUCCCAUCCCCUCCCACCCCCCACUGGCUGCUGGCCCUCUGCAAGCAACCGCCAGCCCGGCUCAGGCUCUCCUCCCGGGGGCAGGGUGCUGCGGCCCCCCUCCACCCACCCACACUUUAUAAUGCUCAUUUUUUGUUGGGUUUAUUUUUUUUAUUAUUUUGGGGGGGGGGGUUGGUUUUUUUUUUUUUGUUUUGUUUUUUUUGGUUUUUUUAAUUACAAUUAAAGACUCCACCAACACUAAAGCCGGAGGAGCCCUGUGGGGCUGGGUGCAGGAUGGCUGGCCAGCAGCGGCCGAGCCCCCCUGCCAUGGCACUGGGAGCCUUCCCUCCACCCCCCGGGGCUUUCCACUGGAAAUGCACUUCGCUAUAAAACAAUAAAGUCAAUAAACUGGUUGAAGGUACCUUUUUGUUCCUGUUUGGGGGUAAGGGGCAGAGACGCGCUGGUGGUGGGCCCCAGCGGGGGUACCUUGUCAGAGCCAUUCACCCUGGUUUUGCAAUUUAAAAGUAAAAAAAAAAAAAGGUGCUUCAGCCUUGUAUUGUGUAUAUAUAUUAAAAAAAGGAAAAGUUUUGUAUGUUUUUAUUACUUUAAUUAUUGUUAUAAAAAGCUUGCCUUUUUUUUAAUAUGUUUCUGCUUUUUUUUUUGCUUUUUUUUUCCCCUUCCCCCCCCCCCCCCCCCCCCCUUCUGCCUCCCUCUUAUUUUCUUUUUUUUGGCAAAAGGAUUAAGUUGCUUUUAGUGUUUGUACUGCUGCUGGUCAGGACAGAAAAGAUAUUGUUUUAGAAGAAUUUUAAAACAGGGAAAAUAAAUCCCCUUUUCCAGUGGGGCAGGUGCUGUCCUACCACCAGCCCCUUGGGAACCUGGAGCUGAGCCCUUCCACCACCCUCCUCCUCCUGGGGUUUGGGUUUGGUUUGGUUUUUUUUUUACCCUUUUUGGUUUUUUUGUUUCUGGAUCUUUUUCUGGCCCAUCUGGGCAGCUGUGGGUGUCACAGUGCCGGGUGGUUUCUCAGCCUUGUGUGGGCUCCCAUCUGCCAAAUUAAAAAUACAACGCAAUUGCGCCGAGAGGGCUGGAGGGUUUGGGGAUGGGUGGUGCUGGGGGGUCCUUGUCAUGUCCCCCCCAAAACACCAAGACAAUCAGAGUGGUGCUAAGGCAGUUGGGGCAGGGGUAGCCGGGCUUUGCCCGUGGGGUUGGGGUUGGUGGCACCACAGGGCCAAGCCAGGUCAAGCUCUCCCUGCCCAUCCCGGUGCCCGCUGGCGGGCAGGGGCUGCCUGAGGCUCGCUGCCGGCAGUGCCGCAGUGAAGCACGAUGGCAGCGCCGGGCCAGGGUGGCAGGUUCAGGCUUGGUGCCACAAGGUGCCAUUUUUAGCCACUUUGUAAUCAUUGUGUGCCCCAACUCCCCAGGGAGGUUUUGUAUUUUUUUGUUAUUAUUAUUUUUACAAUUAUUUAUUUUUUUUUUUUUAAUUCACCAGAAGACAAGCUCACGUCUAUGGGAAAAGGUGACCUCUGCUUUCUGCUUUAAAUUCCCUUGUUGCACUCUCAAAGAAAGCAUUAACCGCCCCCCCCCCCCGCCAGCUCCCCAGUCUCCCAUUGGCUUCACCAAAAAAAAAGCUGUGCAAGAUUAAAAAGCAAAAUGCCCUUGUGACAGAAAUUAGUUUAAUCUUUUUUAAAUCCCCAAUUGCAUCGCCAGCCUCUGGCCUAGCCGCUGCCAACUCCAGGCUUCACAAUGAAUUUUAACACGGCAAAAUAUGCUUGCUGCUCGUCUCGCUUUUUCCCUUCCCGUGUGCUGGGGUUGGGGGCCGGGGGGGGGAAGAAGCCAGGGCUAGAAAAUCAGCGGCAAUUUAUCCCUUGCCGCCACCGUGCCGUGAUGAGGCUGCGGGUAGGAGCCUGGCUGGGAUGUAGCCUUGCUUCGUAGCAGCUCCUGUGCUGAGACUUUCCCCCCUCACCAGCCCAUAAUCAUGUUUUUUGGACCAAUUUCUCAGCAUUAUUCCCCCCCAGGCCAUGGCAAGCAGUUGUGUCUGUACGUACCCCAUGCAGAAUUGCUGGAGCAGCUGCGCCAGAGCCUGGGAGGGCUGCGAGGAGGGGAAGGAAGGCAGAGCCUGCUGGGGGCAGUUUAGAUGCUGUGAAAGAAAACAAAACAAAACAAAAAACCCAAAAAGGAGAAAAAAAAAAAAAAAAAACCCAAACCCUAAACAUGUUCUAAGUGUACUUGUUUGAAUUAAUUGUAAUGUAAUAUAUUAUUUGUUGAAUGUAGUAAUUAGGUAUUUAUGAAUAUAUUGCUGUAAUUUCUGAAAACAUCCAAAAAAAAUAAACUCUUCCACAAUGAC